AAAAAAAAAAACACGAAAGAGUGUUUCGAUGGAAUGACUCCCGAACGCUAGUUGAUUUUCUUUAACAGACCACAGUUUUCUUUCACCAGAACUCAGAGGAACGCGACAAUGGAGGAGAAAAAUCCCUAGGUAGUCAUCAUUCCGGCUUCGCGAUUCAUCAAUUCUGCAGAGAAGUCUCAUCUCUUCACCAAAAUCAUCAGAAGACUUCCUUCAAGGUUCGGUUUCGUGAUCUGCAAGUUCCAAAGCUGGCGAAAUGGCUACAGACUCACAUAAAAGCAGUGAAGCUGAAGAGACCGACGCCAACUGUCCAGUGCCGGAGAAAACCAAAGAGUUCAAACAAUUUGACAUUGUAACCAACUGCUCGGAUCACCACUUCAUCUGGUUGAACAAGCCCAGUAAAGAUGGCUUGAAUUGUGAUCAAUUGAAGAUCAUGCAAGAAUGGAAGAUUCUUGAGCAGAAUCUACCGGAAUCCAUCUUUGUUCGAGUUUACGAAGAAAGGAUUGACCUGCUCCGAGCUGCGAUAAUUGGCGCUGCUGGGACACCUUACCACGACAGUCUCUUCUUCUUCGACUUGGCUUUCCCAUCCGAUUACCCCAACCAGCCUCCAAAGGUGCACUACCAUUCACACAACCUCAGCCUGAACCCAAAUCUUUAUUCAGGAGGAUAUGUCUGUUUAAGCCUUUUGAACACUUGGAGUGGGAAGAAAACCCAGAAGUGGAAUCCUUCCCAGUCAACAAUUCUUCAAGUUUUGCUCUCUCUCCAAGCUCUUGUGCUCAAUGAGAAACCCUACUUCAAUGAGCCUGGUGUGAACCCAGGUCGACCAAUUUGGGAGAAGGAGUCCAUGGAAUAUACCGAAGAUGUGUUCUUGCUGUCUUGUAAGACAAUGCUGUGUUUGCUUGAAAAACCACCACAAAAUUUUGAGGAUUUUGUUGCUGAGCAUUUUCGCCACCGGGCUGAGGUGAUCCUUACUGCAUGUAAGGCAUAUACUGAUGGUGUUGUGAGAGUUGGUUAUUUUUAUGUUGAUGAAGGGUCUUCGUCCUCUUCUACUGUCGAAGUGUCAAGAAAAUUCAAGCUGUCAAUGCAGAAGCUAUUCCCAGAUCUUGUUGAAGCCUUUGCCAGGAAUGGAGCCUCUGUGUGGAACUACUUCAAACCAACAAGGAAAAAAAUGAUUAGUUCCAAGGAUCGGGCAAUUGCCAAAAAGAAAAAGUACAAGUUCACAAGGAAUCUUAUUGGCAAAUGGAAGUGGAUGUUGGGAUUGAAGAAGUUUAGAAAGAAGUUAAGGAGCACUGCAGUUUGAUUAAAUAGAUGCUGUGAUGUGCUUGAACAGACGAACGAAGGUUGGGAUCUAGGGUUCUCUUCAGCAACACCAAUUGGUAAUCUAGCAGGGAAAAAAAAUAAUUGACAAAACCUCAUGGUUCACUCUUUUUUUUUUUAUUCAUUUUCCUCAUAAACUUAUGCUUUGUUACUUUUUAACUAGCUAGCCAAAAUGUUUAUGAUGUUCAUGCCUUUAUAUAACUUGCUUUAUAUUUAUGUUUUGUAGAAAACAACAAAGCUUGCCAUUUGUAAAUAUUUGGUGAUUAUUUUCAGAUACUUUUUCUUUGAUCCCCAAA